GCGGGCGCGAGGCAAGGGCUGGAAGUUAGUCAGAGACAAAGACAAGUGGUUUGGCAGGCCAUUUCCUUGUCAAACACAUUUGAUGCGGAAGAAGAAUUCUGAUUCAGGUCAAGCAGAGAAAAUUGAAAAAGGAGAAUGAGGAGGACGUUCGUGUGCGAUGAAUCAAUGGUCAUCACUAUUCCCCUGGGAACUUUCCGAGAUGCUCGAGAGGGCCAGCUGAUGCCAGAAAAAUUCCACUGUGUGUUCAGAGACUUCUACAAGCUCUUUAUCAUUAGAGGAAAACCCAAACCACUCGGGGCAGCCCAAGUCACUGCUGGCGUGUUUCUUGUCACCCUUGGUCUGGUAUUUAAUCGGGGGCUGAACAUAAUCUAUACUCUACCGAGCAUUGUGUAUGUGAUCACUGGUAUGCUGACCUAUGCUGCAGGAAAAUAUCCAAACAUGCAUGUGGCAAAGCUGUCAUUCUCUCUGAACAUCAUCAGCUUCUUCUGGUCAAUUGCGGCAUUUGUGAUCUGUGUGGUCACUUGGAGUUACCCCGGCCAUGAUCGAAACAACCCGCUCUAUAGUGGCGUCAAUGGGCUGAUAGUGAGUCUGCUGGCUGUAGAAAAUGUACUGGCCCUAUUCUUGAUCUACUGGUUGAGUAAAGCUGUGUGCAGACAACAUUUCAACAUUUUGCCCACCAUACUCCUGAAACAGGCAGACUGAAUACUCAGGGCCGAUGCCCCAACCCCAGUGACCUGCUUACAUGUAUGCUGCAUUUAAACUUUCAGCCUCGGUGUACUCCUCAACAAAUGUCAGACGAAAAAGCGAAGGUCAUUCUGUGUGAGAAAUAGUUGUAAAUAAGAUAUAAAUGAGAAAAGAGUGACUGGUAUAUAUCUGUUGCCCAAUGUCAAUGACUAAUUAUUUUUGGGUAAUAGACAGACAAUAUUAAGCCAAGAAAUGUCAAUCCGCUACACAAAGGUGUCCUUCCUCGACGCCAAGCAAUUGAGGAAGUACAGCUUCCUGUAACUUUCUGUAGAUCCUUUCUGAAAAAUAAAUGUGUUUGUUCAGAAGUUGUAAAUAAUGCCUGUGCUGUUUGACUCUUCAGCUGUAUUUUAUUAUUGGCUCUAAUAAAGAAUAGACACAAGGAUUGUACGAGUAGAAAAUGUUUGCUUUUUAAAAGUUUCCACCAAGUUUCAACAUUUAAAAAAAAAAAGAUGUAUAUUAUUUGUUUGUUUUGUUGUAUCUUUAAAUCCAUUACUUGAUUUUCCUUUGGUUUGUUGCCUGCAAAUAAAUAAAGAGAACUCUA